UUUUUUUUUUUUUUUUUAAGUUUGCAAGUCAGCCUCGAAAGGUAUAUCCAAGCAUCUCCAAAGUCUAACAUAAUUUAAACAUUCAUUGCCCCUCAGCAGGCAAAGCUUCAUUAAGUCAAUAUCAUCAUAGUUAGCUGCCUCAAUUGCAGCCUGAACCUAGCUGCACAUAACCCAGCUGGAGAGCCUUGCUUUUCAGCUGGCCCCAAUCUUCUUCCUGCAACCCACUUCAAAGCCCACUCUGUCGCCGACCCCUGCAGCACGCUUGAAACAUCCACAGUGAGUGGUCCGAUCCGAAUAUGUUCUAAUCGCAACCGCUAACAGCAUCACAGCUGCACCGUAACGAUGCCUGUCAGAAGAAGCCUGCAGACACCCGAUCCCAACGAGCCUUAUCUAACAGAAGGCCACGAUGUGAUUGAUAUGAUCGACCAAGCUAUCAAGAAAGACGAUCACGGCAAGCUUCGAGAUAUGGCGAUGGAAAUCGGAAUAGACUGGGGAAAAGAGGAUGAUGCCGGAUAG